AACUAUUAUUUAAGCAAUGCAAAGGGCCGUUUUCACACACAUUGGAUUACAUGACUGGAUGCCAGUUUUGAGCAAUUUGAGGAUAAGCCAGUACUGUUCACUGUACAGAGCACUGCCUUUGCAGCUCAGUUCACGUGCAUACAGUGUAAUCCCGCCCCCGCGCGACGAGACAGAGAAGAAGAUGCUGGACAGCAUGUUGCGGGUCGAUCACGCAGGUGAAUACGGUGCCAACCGCAUCUACGCCGGCCAGAUGGCAGUGUUGGGAAGGUCUCAGACGGGACCCCUUAUUCAGGAAAUGUGGGAUCAAGAGAAGAGACAUCUGGCAAAAUUCAAUGAGAUACUUUCAGAGAAUAGAGUUCGGCCAACACUACUUUUGCCCAUCUGGAAUGUUGCAGGGUUUUUACUAGGUGCAGGCACCGCACUCCUGGGUAAAGAAGGGGCCAUGGCCUGCACAGUUGCUGUGGAGGAGAGCAUCUCCGAGCACUACAACAGCCAGAUCAGGACCCUCAUGGAGGAGGACCCAGACAGAUAUGUAGAGUUGUUACAAGUAAUAAAGGAAUUCCGAGAUGACGAGUUGGAGCAUCACGAUACAGGAUUAGAGCAUGACGCAGAAUCUUUACCUGGAUACAAGCUUUUAAAGAGUGCAAUCCAACUGGGCUGCACAGCUGCAAUAUACAUAUCUCAACGUGUAUAAUGUAAUAAUAAAGUUCAGUUUCUAUAAGAUGGUUAUCUAAAAAUAAUAUUGGCUUUAGUCAUUUAUUAAAAUGUUAUUAGUGGUCUUCUUAUAAAUUGGAAGAUAUUUUGUUUGUACAGUCAAAAAGGAAACCUGAGGACAUUGUAGAAUGUCAACUUACAGUAGUAUUUGGAGCACAAACAAAUUAUAAAUUUCCCAUUCAUUUUUC